UCAAAUUUUUGGCGUCGUGUCGCCGGGGAUUGUUAUUUCUAAUUACUUAUUUUUUAUUGUUUUCUUUUCUUGUCUAAUUAGUGUUUUUGUUUUUGUUUUUGUUUUUAUUUCAGGUACUCUUCGUAGUAUAUGCGUACUCGAAGGUCCAAGAGCAUUGAUCUAGCUUCCUACGAUCCUGAGGUUGAACGAACAUUUCGAAAGCUUCGAGGAACAAUCAAGCAGAAGCGUGCAUCGGUGUCUUUACCACCAUCUUCUCCACCACAUUUGAGUUCGGAAGAGGAGGAAGAACCACAAGAAGGCAUGGCUGAUAACCGGACUUUGAGGGAGUUGGCAACGCCUAAUACGGAUCAACAACCAUUGUGCAUCACAUAUCCAAAUGCAGGAGGAGGAUUUGAGCUUAAGUCCGGCAUGAUUCACUACUUGCCUAAGUUCCAUGGCUUCUCAACAGAGGAUGCCAACAAGCAUCUCAUGGAGUUUCAUGUGGUAUGCUCGGGAAUGAGACCAGCCAAUGUGGAUGAGGAGCAAGUCAAGUUGAGGGCAUUCCCAUUUACAUUAGAAGCUAAGGCAAAGGAGUGGCUUUACAAUUUACCUCCAGGAUCAAUGAACACAUGGAACCAGGUGAAGCAAGCAUUCUUGGAGCAAUAUUUUCCGGCCACAAAAGCUGCAAGCAUAAGGAAAGACAUAUGUGCAAUCCGACAACAACAUGGAGAGCCCUUUGGAGAUUACUAUGAGCGAUUCACACAUUUGCAAGUGGAGGAGCAUUCAUGGACAAGACACCAACAAAUGCUAAGGCAUUAUUAAAGAACAUUGCUGGCAACACACGACAAUUUGGAGGGAGAGAUGAGCUACCUCUUAAGAAAGUUAAUGAGGUAAGUGCU